CGCGGGAGCGCGACGGCCGGGGCUCGGCGGCGGGCCGGGCUGGGCGCGCACCGGGAGAGGAGGAUGCGCCCCGCGGGUUUGCCAGUUCCUGUAUGCCCAUGGGAAUCGUGUUCUGGCUCCUUGACAGUGCUAGAGGAGAAGCUGAUGCCCUGAGCAGUGAGCCUGGGGGACAAGAGAGUGUGGAUUGCCUCCUGCCUUGCCUCUUCUCCCAGCCACCUGUGGUGAGCUCUCACGUGGCAGAGGACGAGGGUGGAGAUCAGCCACGUGAAGCUGGGGCCCUGGGGGUGAGCCAAAGGGCUGUUGGCUGGUGGGCUGUGGCAACUGGGGGUCCUCACCACCCUGCAGCAGAGACCACUGCCUCCUGCCACAUAGAUGCCUUCAGGGGAGUGGACAACUCCAGCUGAACUGAUGAAUCUUGGCACCUGAUACAAGGCUCAGCUUCUGAUAUGAAGAAGGAUAUAGAGUCUUUAAUAGCCCAGGAAAAAGCAGAAAUCGUCGCCAAGUAUGAGAAGGGCAGACAGGAAGGAGCUCAGAUUGACCAAUGGGAAGAUGCCGAUUUCACUCUCUACAAAGUUACAGACCGGUUUGGAUUCCUGCACGAGCAGGAGCUGCCAACCCGCACCGCCUUGGAGGAGAAGCAAAAACAGCAGGAAAUAGAACGUGUGGACAAGUGGCUUAAGAUGCUGAAGAAGUGGGGCAAAUACAGAAAUAGUGACAAGAUGUGCCGGCGUGUGUACAAAGGGAUCCCGCUUCAGGUGCGAGGCCAGGUCUGGUCACUUCUGCUGGAUGUUGAGAAGAUGAAGAAGGAGAAUGAAGGAAAAUACGAGCAAAUGAAAGAACAAGCCAAGAGUUUUUCAUCGGAAAUCAAGCAGAUAGAUUUGGAUGUUAACCGCACCUUCCGAAACCACAUCAUGUUCCGGGAGCGCUACGGAGUGAAGCAACAGGCACUCUUCCACGUCCUGUCAGCAUACUCGGUUUAUAAUACUGAAGUGAGCUAUUGCCAAGGGAUGAGCCAGAUUGCAGCCAUCCUGCUGAUGUACCUGAACGAAGAGGACGCGUUCUGGGCGCUGGCGCAGCUGCUCACCAACCAGCGCCACGCCAUGCACGGUUUUUUCAUUCCUGGAUUCCCAAAGCUGCAGAGGUUUCAAGCCCACCACGAGCAAAUUUUAAACAAACUGUUCCCCAAACUGAAGAAGCACAUGGACAAGGAGCAGAUGACCACUGGGAUUUACACAACCAAGUGGUUCCUGCAGUGUUUCAUUGACCGGACCCCAUUCACGCUGACCUUGCGGCUGUGGGAUAUCUACAUCCUGGAAGGGGAGCGCGUGCUGACGGCCAUGGCUUACACCAUCCUCAAACUGCACAAAAAGCGCUUGCUGAAGAUGACACUGGAAGAUUUACGUGAAUUUCUUCAGGAGAAAAUUGCUGCUUCCCUGCAGUACGAGGACGAUGCUGUCAUCGAGCAGCUGCAGGUGUCAAUGACCGAACUGCGAAAGAUGAAGUUUGACCUGCCCCCACCAGCAAAGCCUGAGGAGUUUCCAAGGAAACCCCUGGGCCUGGAGCUCUCCCUCAACCCAGUAGCCAUAAAGGAAAACACAGCAGCCAAUGGCCAGAAUGGCCAGGUGGGUGAGCGCACUCCAGACAGGGAGCCCCAAACCGACAGAGUUCCUGGCACACCAGGAGGAAUGACAGUGGUGGAAGCGAGGAUUCUCACCUUCCAGGGUAGUGAAGCAGCUGAAGCAACGAACGCGCCUGUUUUGGGUGGGCGACCACCGGAUGAGGAGGGUCAGGUGGAGCCCAUCAUGGACGGGCAGCCAUCAUCUCUUCUGAAGGCAAGCGAGACACAGGCCCAGCAACACCUCCUGCCCACGGUCCUGCCUCCAGAGCAGCCCCUUCUUGCUCCUGGCUGUGCCGUGGUGGACCAUGGAGUCUCCCUCCAUGCCCCAGCUGAGCACAGCUCCUUAGACUCCUCUCUCCAAAACAGGCUGGCUCCUCCCAACUCCAGCACCGCUGAGCCUUCUGCUACGGACCAGGCAGCGUGGCAGCCAAAUCCCUCUGCCCUGCCAGCAGGAGAACAGGACCAGGCAGCAUGGCAGCCAAACCCUGCUGCCCUGCCAGCAGGAGAACAAGCAUCUUCCCUGAGCAGAGGCACAGUGCUCGAAGCAGCCCCCUAUCCUCUGCCAGCCGGCUGCCAGCAGCUGUCCCAAACAUCGCAGAGCCAUGGCUCCCCCGAGAGCGAGCGCGGGGAGGAGGCGGCGGAUGACAGGCACUGCAGGGCGGUGCUGCCGUACAAAAUGGGCCUGAAGCGCUCGGCAUCCAAAGCUGCAUCCACAGGGGAGCUCCUCAGCCUGCAGCACAAUGGGCUGGGCAGUGCCACCAGCAGCACGUGCUGGCCCGAGGCCGUGCUGCCCGCGCACAGGCAGGCAGGGGGCAGUGUGCCCAUCUUGUCCAGCAGAGAGCCGGAGGCAGCGGGGCUGGCCGAGGGCUGCCCCACCCAGCGGGCACCGUCCCCUGUGGUGGAAGGGAACAGCCCCUAUGUCGUUAUCAAAACCACCACUCCCCUCCACCUGGCCCAUGCGACAGAGCAGGACUUCUUGAACAGAAAGCAGGUGGCAUUGCCUUUGUCAGAGACUGGACAUCCUCUGCCUACCACCUCCAUGCCACCACCUCUUAUGCUGGACCCAGAGGAGGCAGAGGUCCAGAAAAGCCUCCAGAAACCAUUAAAUGCACUGAAAGCCCCACGACCCCCACUGAGCCCCAAACCAAAAUUACCACCACAGGUUGCCAAAUCCCGCUCAGAGAACAGUUUCCUUUCAGGCUCUCCUUCCCUGGCAAAGCUGCCCAAAUCGGUGACGUUUUAGUGGGGAUGGGGAAGGGGAAGUUAAGGGAGAAGAAGUGGGUUCUGGAGAAGCACCCUUGCCCCAUUUACAGGAUUCCCUUCUGUCAGCAGGGCUGUCAGGGUGACAGCACAGCACCAUCGCACGUCACGCUGUGCUUUGGUACGAGUGCCCAGUGAGGAGAUGAAGCGGUGGCCACCAGCACUAGGAGACACCAGCAGAUUGGAUUUGCAUGUUUCCUAUGGACAAAUUGGAAAAUGCUUUCAGUUUUUGCUCCUCAAAGCUCCCCAAGUCUCAUCACUUGGGGGAAGGGGCAGGGCUGGUGAGUUCGUUGCGUGUUUUCUCCUGCUCCCGUCUGUGGGAACCCACGACCAAGCAAGCAGGCACAAGGUGUCGGAAUCCGAAACGCUUUCUUUACAAUGCCCCAUCGGCGCAGCUACAGCAUUGCUUUCAAAGGCCUUUGUAGCAAUAGAUCUUUAUUUCAUUUCCCAGACCUGCAGUUGUAGGCAGCAGAAUUUCCAGGCAGUGCCAUGGCAUCCUGGCAGGACACAGGCAGCCUGCUGCCCCCUCUAUGCAAUUCCACAAAGCAGUGCCCAGCUGUAUCUGGCUCCUGCUGCCGUAGUGGAUGGUGUUUAGGAGGACAGAUUUAACAGCUGCUGAGUCCCUUGGACAUCUCCUUGGUGUCAGCCCAGUGGGGGGCUGCCAGCAGAGUGGUCCUUUCCCAGGUUCUCAGGGUGACAAGGACAGUGAUGAAGGUGGAGCCUGGUCUCUUGGGCCGAGUGCCCUUUCUGUUGGCCUUUCCUUCCCAGGGCCAGCACAGCGAGCAGGCUCGCUGCCUUUCUGUUCCUCAGACAGGAGAAGGGGCUGCUGGCUCAGGAAACCCGCCUGCACUACCCAGCUGCUGGACGCGUGAUGGCAUCUAAUCACAGUGCCGCAGAUAAGUCCACUUUUGUUUUGAGUAAGUUAAGUGUCUGAGUGGAAAGGGCAUAGGAAUUGGGGAAGGGGGAGCACAUUGCCCAGAACCUGAUCUUAGUACUUCUGGUUGAGCCCACAGAGAAUUAACAACAGGAAGUUGCAUUAAGUCCUAAAGGUCUGUCCAUCUCCUCCCCAUCCCAAGGUGCAGCUGCUGCACAGCCCAGGCCAUUGGCUGGAGAUGUGCAAGGAUCUGGGGAGACAUCUCAUAGAAAGAGCUGGUCCAAAAUUCUGAUUCCAGUAUCUACUUCACCCUUAGAAGGGACUUCAUCAGGAAGGCAGAUCAGUGAAAAAGCAGGAAGUAGUCCAGAUAUGCUGGAUUUGACUUUGCUGUCCAGAAGGGGUAGCUGCAAGUGCAACCUUAGGUGGGACUGCAAGUGGGAUUCCCAUUCCUUCAACAGAGAUCCUGAGCAAAAGCUCCUUUAAGUUCUAAGGAGACUUUGAAAACUAAUUUUUUUUUUUAUAUCUCAAAGGCUGCUUCAAUUGCAUAACCUGAUCUAAAGCCUACCUGAAAGCCCAGCAGAAAACUUCCACUAAAUUACUUUGUGGGUUCCAGGAGCUGGACUUGAUGAUGCUGGUGGAUGCCUUCCAGCUCAGCAUAUUGUAUGGUUCUGUGAUUUAUCAGGGUUUAUUUUGCCUUGUGUACGUGCGGUGGUUUAUGUUUGCAGCAGGGAGUGUCAACGGGAGCACUGGAUUUUUGUUUGGAUGUAGCCAGCCCCACCACAGCACCCUCAGCUUUCAUUGGAACCCCAGCUCUGUCCCAGACCCCAUCUUCUUCCACUGAGCCUCCAACCUUGCCCAUCCUCUCCCUCUGUAGAGCAGGGAAAACCCUAUUAGCUACCUCGCAGGGGUGUUGUGAGGAGUCAAGCAUUGCUGUUUGAGGAAAAGUGCUCUUUGAAUGUUCAGUAUUUGUGUUUUGAGACACCACAGGUCCUUUCUAGGACAAUGGUGCUUGAAUUGUUUUUAAUUUAGAGUAUGUUUUUCCAUAACUGUGCAUAGUUAAAUAUUAUUUGUGCGUUAAAAUACCUGAGCAGUAUUUCAGGACAGAUAUCCAUUGCCUUUUGCUAGCAGCCCACUGGCCACAGGAGCUUACUGGGAAGCAACAGGAAGCAUCUGAGAGCUGUUGGUCACAUCUUGACUUCUGUAGCUUGGGGCUCUGUCCUCUCCUUGAAGCCCACACAGGACUCCUAAUGCAUCUGAGCAUCACGCAUGCAAGAGCUGAGACCUCUUUCCCCUUGUUUUAACCCAUUUUCCCUCAUUUCAGGCACACAGCCCUUGCACAUCAUGUUUCUUGUGCACCCAGACUCCUCACACAGUGUGUCUGGGAUGUUUUGCAGUAUUAACAUUUUUAAAAGGUGGUUUGCUCUAAUUUUGGAGAGCUGUCAAAUGUACAGUACUCAUUGCAUGGCAUUUGGUGCAUGAUGUUCAAUGUGAAUUUUGAUGGGGAAAGUGGUGGGAGUUGUCUUUCUCUCCAAGCCCUAAUGGGAAUGAGCAGCAAGGUCCUCAGUCAUCUUCAGGCCUGGGGGAACCACCAGCAACAUGCAUCGCUGUCCUUGGUGUGAUGCUCUCACUGGAACACAUCAAUGCAUGAUCCCCAAGGAGAUGCCCACUCCUGUCUGUCUCCUCUUGCUGCAACAAAGCUGCAGCCAUGGUGGGUCUGCAGCAGCAUGGCCCAGCCUCAGCUCUUUUGCAGGAAUAGGAAGGGAAGGAGCAGGAUGAGGGUGGCAGCUCAGCAGGACAUAUUACCUAACCAAGCCACUUGCAGCCCUGCCCAGCCUCAUGCAAGAGUCUUGACCCUUCAGCAGAAACCACUCUUACUGUGAGCAGACAUGGGAAAGGAGCUCCCCACAUCCUUGUCCUUGCAGCCCUGACGCAAUGGGGGCCUUGCUGCCUUCCAUGCAGAGGUAAGGACCAACGUUGUGUGUUUGGGUUUUUUAGGUUUAGUUUGUUUUUCCUUGUGUUGUUUGUUUGUGAUAGAGCACUUUGAGUGGCUGCAGCACUGGCAGAGAGCAGGAGCCACAGGACCCAGCUCCAGCAGGGGCCAGAGGUUGAGGUUAGGGUUUCUUGGCCAUGCACUUUGAGAGCCUGGCUACCGUCUGCUUUCAUUUUUAUUUGCUCUUCUUGUUUACAGCGUGGAACGCUUCUUUCAUGACUCUUUCUAAUGUAUUAUAAUUAUUACUUUUAAGAAAAAAAAAAAAGUUUUUAUGUCUGUU